AUGGGUGUAUGGUGGAAAUGGAAUCCGUUAAAGCUUCGCGUAGCUAUGAUCUUGGCGGCGCUUCUCGUGUUCCAUAACAAUCUGAAUCUCUGUUGUUCUAUCAACAGCGAAGGGUUGACAUUAUUGAAGUUUCGAGAGAGAGUGAUCAGAGAUCCAUUUAACGCUCUGUCAAACUGGAACUAUGUUGAUGGGGACUUGGAUCCCUGUUCCUGGGAUUUGAAAAAUCUUUGUCUUGAAGGAACACUGACCCCUGAGCUCGGAAAGCUGGCUUAUGUAAAAUCUAUUAUUUUACGCAACAAUUCUUUUUCUGGAAACAUUCCUAAAGAAAUUGGAGAAUUGAAGGAGCUGGAAAUAUUGGACUUUGGAUACAAUAACUUCAGCGGGGCAUUUCCCUCUGAUCUUGGCAAUAACCUCUCCCUGUCAAUUCUUCUUCUGGAUAACAACAAGUUCCUGGGUAGCAUAUCUUCUGAACUUUAUAAUCUGAAAAUGCUUUCUGAAUUGCAAGUAGGUGAAAACCAGCUAUCUGGUGCAGCAUUAGGUGCCACUUGUAACAGCAGAUCUAGUUCUUGGAACACUGUGCAAGCUGGAGAUAGAGCUCAGCGGAGUCUGCUGGAGGUGGCUGAUGCCCCAAGUCCAACCAAAGCUGAAAGGCAUAAACACCAUAAAAGGGGUUCUGGAUCAUCGCCAUCAUCUGCUUUGUUGUUGUCACCGUCACCGUCACCAUCACCGUCAUUGUUUUUAUCUUCAGUAUCACCUUCAGAACCACCAUUCUCAUCUAUUUCGUCCCCUCCAUCAACAUCUAUACCAUCUCCAGCAGAGUCUCCAUUUUCACUGCCAAAUUUUUUGGCUCCUUCACCCUUAGCAGUGCAACCACCAAGUCCAGCUUCUCCACCUCCAGUAGAUCCACCAGUUGUUUCUAAGAAACCACCAGAUUUGCAUCCUGUUUCAUCACCAGCCCCUUCUUCAACUCCUAGCCAAAGUGUGACAAAGAGUUCAAAAUCAAACCAUCAUAUAGUUUUCAUAUGGUCUGGAGUAAUAGGGGGUUCUGUUUUCAUAUUUGUUUCUGCCCUUGGAAUUUUUUUCUGUAAAAGCAGUAAAAUGGUUACCGUCAAACCUUGGGUAACAGGGUUAAGUGGGCAGCUGCAGAAAGCAUUUGUUACAGGUGUACCAAAGCUCCAGCGAUCAGAACUCGAAACAGCUUGUGAAGAUUUCAGUAAUAUAAUAGCAUCUUUAUCAGAUGGCACAGUGUACAAAGGGACUCUUUCAAGUGGUGUUGAGAUAGCAGUGACAGCAACGGCUGUGAAAUCUGCAGAAGACUGGCCAAAAAAUUUAGAAUCCCAAUUCAGAAAUAAGAUAGAAAUUUUAUCAAAAGUGAACCACAAGAACUUUGUGAAUCUUAUUGGGCAUUGUGAAGAGGAGGAGCCUUUCACAAGAAUGAUGGUAUUUGAGUAUGCUCCAAAUGGGACUUUGUUUGAACAUCUACACAUCAAAGAAGCAGAGCACCUAGAUUGGGGAAUGCGACUGCGAAUAGCUAUGGGCAUGGCAUACUGCCUCGAGUAUAUGCACCAGCUCAAUCCUCCGAUAGCCCACAAAAACCUGCAAUCUUCCUCCAUAUGUCUAACUGAGGACUAUGCAGCCAAAAUAUCGGAUUUCAGCUUCUGGAAUGAAGUAACUGCAGCAAAGAUUGGUUCAGCUACAAUGGGACUCUUGGAGACCCAAUCAGCGAAUCCAGAGAGCAAUGUUUACAGCUUUGGGUUAAUUUUGUUAGAAAUUAUUACGGGCAGGCUUCCAUAUUCAGUGGAUAGUGGCUCUGUUGUGGACUGGGCAUCAAACUACUUGAGAGGGGAACAGCUCUCAAGAGAAAUGGUUGACCCAACUUUGAAUUCUUUCCAAGAUGAAGAGCUCACUAAACUGCUUGAUUUAGUGAAAGUAUCUGUCCAUCCUGAUCCAAAACAGAGACCAACAAUGAGAGAGGUCACUGCUAUGUUGAAAGAGAUCACAGCAAUGGGACCUGAUGGAGCAACUCCAAAAGUAUCACCUCUUUGGUGGGCAGAACUUGAGAUUUUGUCAUCAGAAUCUAGCUAAAAGGCAAUGAUGGCUUGCAAGUAUAGAGUUUUAUUCAUCUUAUAUCAAUAUUAAAUUUCGUAUCUUUUUUCUCUGAUUCUUGUUUUUCUUUUUUUACCUGUUGGGCAGGCUCCAAGUGAGUGGUAUAGAUACUGCUUUGAAAUUUUUUAUUUUUUGUUUCUUAUGUUGCGUGAAGUGGCUGUAUGUAAUUUUUAAGCAGAGGAAGUGUAGUUUUAUAUAACAGAGAGCAGGAUGAUUCCCAUUCUGUCAGAUUAUAUACUUG